GCAGCCCGGCAGGCGGAGCCGAGAAGGCAGGCGGCGAGGAGCUGUCAUGGCGGCGCACCUGAACUCGGGCCGGGUUAACCUGAUGGCGCUGAGGGAGGCCGGCCGCAAGGAGCUGCGCGAGUUCCUCGACAAGUGCGCCGGAUCCAAGGCCAUUGUGUGGGAUGAGUAUCUUACAGGUCCAUUUGGGCUGAUUGCACAAUAUUCACUUCUAAAGGAACAUGAGGUGGAGAAAAUGUUCACUCUCAAAGCAGGCCGCCUCCCACCUGCAGAUGUCAAGAAUAUUAUUUUCUUUGUCAGACCAAGGCUAGAACUCAUGGACAUCAUUGCUGAAAAUGUGCUCAGUGAAGACAGAGUCCGCUGUCCACAGAGGGAUUUCCACAUCCUGUUUGUGCCACGCCGCAGCUUGCUGUGUGAGCAGCGACUGAAGGAUCAAGGAGUUCUGGGCUCCUUCAUUCACAGAGAGGAGUAUAGUCUGGACCUCAUUCCAUUUGAUGGAGACCUGUUAUCCAUGGAGUCUGAAAGUGCCUUCAAAGAGUGUUACUUAGAAAAUGACCAGACCAGCCUCUAUCACGCAGCAAAGGGACUCAUGACACUCCAGGCACUUUAUGGAACAAUCCCACAGAUCUUUGGGAAAGGGGAAUGUGCAAGGCACGUGGCAAAUAUGAUGAUCAGGAUGAAGCGGGAGUUUUCUGGGAGCCAGAAUCCAAUCUUCCCAGUCUUUGAUACCCUCUUGCUGCUUGACCGCAACAUAGACUUGAUGUCACCUCUGGCCACACAGCUGACUUAUGAGGGGCUUAUUGAUGAGAUAUACGGAAUUCAGAAUACUUACGUGAAACUCCCUCCAGAAAAGUUUGCCCCCAAGAAGCAGGGGGAGGGUGGCAAGGAUCUCCCCACAGAGCCCAAGAAGCUGCAGCUGAAUUCUGCUGAGGAGCUUUAUGCAGAGAUCCGGGACAAGAAUUUCAAUGCUGUGGGCUCUGUGCUGAGCAAGAGAGCCAAAAUAAUCUCAGCUGCAUUUGAGGAAAGACACCAUGCUAAAACUGUUGGAGAGAUCAAACAGUUUGUCUCACAGCUACCGCACAUGCAAGCAGCAAGAAGCUCUUUAGCUAACCACACUUCCAUUGCGGAGCUCAUCAAAGAUAUCACUACAUCGGAAGACUUCUUUGAUAACUUAACAGUGGAACAAGAGUUUAUGUCAGGAAUAGACACUGAUAAGGUCAACAACUACAUUGAAGACUGUAUUGCCCAAAAGCAUCCCCUGAUCAAGAUAUUAAGACUUGUUUGUCUGCAGUCGGUGUGCAACAGUGGACUGAAACAGAAGGUCCUGGAUCAUUAUAAGAGAGAGAUUCUCCAGACUUAUGGCUAUGAACAUAUACUGACUUUAAAUAAUCUAGAAAAGGCUGGACUCUUGAAGACCCAGUUAACCAGUAGAAACAACUACCCAACAAUUCGGAAAACUCUGCGUCUAUGGAUGGAUGAUGUCAAUGAACAGAAUCCCAAUGACAUCUCUUAUGUAUACAGUGGCUAUGCUCCUCUAAGUGUGCGCCUGGCACAAUUGCUUGCCCGUCCUGGGUGGCGAAGCAUAGAAGAAGUGUUAAAGAUGCUUCCAGGACCACACUUCGAAGAGAGGCAGCAAUUGCCAACAGGGCUUCAAAAAAAACGUCAGCACGGAGAAAACAGAGUCACUCUGGUAUUUUUCCUGGGUGGAGUGACAUAUGCUGAAAUUGCAGCCCUCCGCUUUCUGUCUCAAAUGGAAGAUGGGGGAACAGAAUAUGUCAUUGCAACAACUAAACUCAUCAAUGGAACAAGCUGGGUCAAAUCUUUAAUGGAGAAGCUGGAGCCUCCGCCCUUUUAGAACGAGAAUCUGCACAGCGAUCAAGAGACACCAUAGCAGAGAAGAGGUGUGCUGGCAGUGCGAAUGGAAGCUGGCCUUGCUGCUGGAUACAGGGCAGAAAGCGUGCUGUUCUCCUCCAUCAACUCUGUCCAUAACUUUGCAAGGGGCUGAUACCUCUCUGAAAGGGAACAAUAAAAGAAAUGAAAUGCCUUGAAGAUAGUUCCUUACAUUGCUUCCUGAAAAAUAAGCUUGGGAGGAAACUUAAAUAAUGUGGCCUGUGCUUUGACUGGGCCCUGCAGUGCAUCCACUAUCUUCAUUCCCAGGUUAUCUAUCUAUCUGUGUAUUGCAGUUUCUAAGCAUCUCUUUGGGAAUUAACAUAUUCCACAAUUCCAUACCUCUCAGGAAGAUUUCCCUGAUACUUCACUUCAUGUGUAAAUUCAAGGAGACAAAUGUUGAUUAUAAAGAUGCAGUUCCAACGGUUUUCCAUUGUGUGUAUAUGUUGUAUUAGACAUGCAAAUAAGUAUUAAAUUGUCUUUAUUAUUCCUU